AUGUGGCCAUUGAUUGCCAUCCUUUUGUUGUCAAUCUCUUUCCAUGGUGUCCGUGGCGGUGGUUCAGUAGUUCAACCAAUACAAGAUGCACCGACAUCAGUCAGUGCAAAUUCAACAUUAGAUACGACCGCGCAAAACACCACAACGCAAGAUUGGAGUAUACCCCUUUCUUGGACGAUGACAGGAAAUAGCAUGCAGCUGUUUGAAUCUACGCAUGUAUGCACAAUGUUGACCUCACCCGCCGUUGGAGGUGUUUACCAAGGUUCGACUAGUAUGGCCAUUCGAUGGCUGUAUGACAAUGAUGGCAUUCAAAAGUUUCGUACCGAGUUGAACCGGGCGGUGGACAUGAGCAUCGAUCUGUGGUGGGUCGACAACCAGACCAACCAGACAGGCCAGAUAGCGUCUGGAGUAGAUCCCUUGAGUGGGGUCUAUUUGUGGGAUAUUCCUUCCCAAUUAUCUUCUACCUUCAACAAACGACUUUAUGUUGUACUACAACCCUCGUGGACUGGAUUGACAGCUGAGGAAGCCAGUGAUACUUCCACAUUCGAACAGGACAAUGGUCUCGACUGCAUUAGUCACCCUCAGGUAGCAGGUCCCUUUACCAUGCUGCCCCAAUCAAGGCCCUUAUUCUUUGUAACCGGACCCGACCCAGGGACAUCCCAACAAGAAGGCACUGGCCUUCUCGCUAAUUUACCUUUGGGACGUCUAUUUAUUGACAUGGCCCUUCCAAUUACUUGGUAUUGUACCCUCCCGAAUAUUGCAACGAUUGAUAUCUUGCUGGUACCCACCGACCAACAAAAUGCGUCGGACACUGUGACGAUUGGCAAGAAUCUCAAUGUAUAUACUGCCCGCUAUUAUUAUUCCGUACCUCAGAGCAACACUUUCUCGAUGGAACGCAGCUAUAGGAUCAUGUUGUACGGAUACACUGUUAAUUUUACUCAGUCACCGUUUGUAACCUGGGCAGCAGAAGGGCCUUACCGCAUCACAGAUCCAUAUGGCCUGACUGCUCUUUAA